AUGUUGUUAAGGCUGGAGAUGUGCCAGGAUCAGUUUCAGCAUCAAAAUAUGAGAUGUGGAAGGGCAAAUACUUUCUAUGCAAUCAUAGAUAUCGAAUUCAUCAAGCUCAAUUCAGAAGGUGCCAGGCGAACUCAGCUUAUGGUGACUAUUCAUACAAGCCAGGGGCCUCCUUUUAUUUGA